CAUACCGGAAACGGUCACAUGACGCGUUUAGCUGCAGCGUGAGUUUAUGUUUCUGCUGCUCGGUAGCGGCAAACAUCCCGAUGCUCUCUAGCGACUAAUUCAGUGAUUUAAACAUUCUCAGAGUUACUCAAGUAGCUUCAGUUCACACCACAGUGUUUCAUAGGAGACUAGUGUAGAGCUGUUUAGCAGCGAUCAGGCUUUAAGACACAUUAGGAGGUUUCUCAGUGCUAGCUCGGUUAGCUCGUUAGCUACCGUUAAUAACAUGAACAUGAAUGUUGACACCGUGAAUCAGUCUGUUACUACCGCUGCGACCUCCACCACCUCUUCAGCUGCUAGUAACUGCAUCUCUAAUGAUAACACAGCUACAACAACCACCGGCAGCAGCAUCCCGGCGGUCAACACUAACGCUUCAGCCUCAGCGGCCAUGGUGACACCAUCAGCAGACUCAUCUGUCUCCAACGGCGUCUAUGUUCCUGGUGGCAUCACCAAUGGAGAUGUGAAGCCGGCCCUCUCCACCACGCCCCUGGCAGAUUUCCUCAUGCAGCUGGAAGAGUACACUCCCACAAUUCCUGAUGCAGUAACAGGCUACUACCUUAACCGGGCUGGCUUUGAGGCUUCUGAUCCAAGAAUAAUCCGUCUGAUCUCCCUUGCUUCUCAGAAGUUUAUCUCAGACAUUGCUAAUGAUGCACUGCAGUACUGUAAAAUGAAGGGCACCGCCUCAGGAAGCUCAAGGAGUAAGACAAAGGAUAAGAAGUACACUCUGACUAUGGAGGACCUGACUCCUGCCCUCACAGAAUACGGCGUCAAUGUCAAGAAACCAUAUUACUUUACAUAGAGCUGUCUGUCUUCAAGGCUUUUUGCUUUUGCUAGUUUUAUCUCCCUGCUGACCAACCAGAGUCUGACAACACCGUUAUUGCUAAAUUCUUUUUUUUUUUUUUAUCAUGGUGCUUUAGCACAGUUUGACAAAUCUUUGUAGUCACUUUGCCAUUUGUUAUUUUUUUUUGUGGAGCCACCUUUGCAUUAUGUUAAACUGUAUAAUUAAGUUUUAUUGUGAAAAUAAAACACUUACAAAAAA